CCCACGCCCCUGGGCCCUCGCCUUGAUCCCUCCCUCCUCCUCCUUCCUCGCCUCGCUUCCCGAACCGCUCGACGGCCGAAGCCGCCGCCCCUCGGUUCGCCGUUCCAACCGCCGCGCCGGCGACAUGCCGCCCAAAGAGCUGCCGGGGUUCUACUACGACCCAGAGAAGAAUCGCUACUUCCCUAUCAGGGGCCCCAUCCCGGGCGCUGCUGCCCGCCGCCCUCCCGCUCCCGCUCCCGCAGUGCCACCGCCGCCCGCGGACACAACGGGAUGCAGCAGGAAGAGGGCGAUGCGGCCGGAGCUGCUCAGCGCCAGGGAGAUGUACGGCGGCGGGGUCAUCUCCUGCAAUAACGCCGCCAGGUCCACGUUCAAGCAGCAGUGCCAGUACGCGCAGGCGUCUCAGCCCAUGGUCUGGAAGUAUCAACACACCACUUCUGUGGCUGAUAAGGCGAUUGAACAAUUGAACGCCAUGGUUCAGACACCGCAAGGGUUGAAAGAGUUCAGGGUGCUAGUCACCGGCAGCAUGAAUGGUUCGAUUCGGUUAUACGGAUUAGGAACUGCUCUGAAUAACUUUGAGAAUGAGGCAGAGUUUUUGCCCCAACCUGCUUGGACUCCCGCGGGAAAGCACAAGGCAGGUGCACUUCCCAGCAUUUGGUCAUCUGAAGUAGGCUACAUAACUUUCUCAUCCAGUAUAUCAUGUAUAAAGAAGCUUGGACGUCAUGUCCCUGAUGCAUCCAACACCAAUUCAUCAGUUCAGCGAUCAUUGGUGGCUACUCUUGGAUCUGGAGAAUCUGGCGGCUCUAUAUAUAUUAUGGAUCUUUCUGAAGCUAUUGACUCGGCAAUGGGAUUAUGGACUGCCUAUAGAGUUCAUUCACUUGAUCGUACAAUGUGGACAGCUGAUUGUAGUUCUGAUGGCACACAUGCAGCUUUCGGUUCAGACAUUGGUGCCGGUCUACUCGAUUUGGAAACAAGGGGACUAUCGUGGCUAUGUCAAUCUAAAAGUGACGUUCUUUCCCUGAAAUUUGUGCACUCGGGAAACGUUGUGCUGUGUGGUCUACGGAAUGGGAGUAUAGCCCCUGUUGAUGUACGGCAAAAGCAGCAUAAUCAGCCUACUGGAGUAGCUUCAUCAAGCAAUGCUAGGAGGACAGUUCCCAUGCUGCCCACAAGGCAUGCCGGGAAGAAGAGAAACCAGGCUGGCAUGGAUAAAAUUUCAAGUGUUAUUUCUAUGUCAUCAGCGGUUUGUAGCUUGGUUACACUCUCAUCAGAUGAGAACUACUUCUUAGGAAGCUCCAUGGAUGGAUCUAUCAAACUCUUUGAUCUUCGUCUCAUUCAGAAGGGAGGUAUACAGUCGUAUGAGGGGCAUGUGAACUCACACACACAUUUACCAAUUGUUGUUGAUCCAUCUGAGACCUUACUUAUGUCAGGUGGGGAGGACUGCGCUGUUCGCAUUUGGAGCAUCAAAACAGGGGAGCUACUAUUUGCACAGAGCAUGUCAGACACUCUCUUCACGGCAUUUUGUUGGCCCGAAAGCAGCCAUGACUUGUGCAGUUCUUCGCUGUUUGAUCUAAACCACAGCUGGGGAGCUUGGUUGGGAUCACGUGCUGGGCUGUUCUAUAUGCAUGGUACUUGAGUGAUUCUGCACUAGUACUACUACACUACUAACUUGGAGCCUUGGAAGGCUGGAGCGAAAAAUGGUGGCUGUAUUCUCAAAGAACAUGAGAUCACUGAACAUACUGGGCUUUGCUUGAGCUCUGGACUGAAUGCAGAACGUCGUCUUUGGAAGUCAGACAUUACUUACCUAGGGCUAGGAUGUCCAAUCUUACUAGGAAUUGGACAUGUUUCUCUCAGUGAUAGAUGGAUAACUUGUGUAGCUAGGAACAGAGUUUUCCUUAGAACGAGAGAUGGUUGUGCACGAUAUGCUUUGUUAAGGACUUGAGAUGGUGGUCCAGUGUACCAUACGUGGGAUAGUGACAAUGUGGUUUGCAUAUCCAAAUUGCGGUGCCCUGAAAGUGUACAUGAUGCGCAUUGUUCCCUGAACUAGUUUUGUUUCUUUU